AUGGUCAUCUCAGUCUUGAUCAACACCGGUUUAUUCCAUGGUUCUGAGAUCUGGCUACGGGCAAAGCUAGCUCGGAGGCAAGAAGAUGAUGUGCAUAUGCGACUGAUGAAAAAAUAUCCGGAUGCACCGGACUGGUGGUAUGCUACUCUAUCUGCCGUUAUGCUAGCUUUGUCGUUUGGUCUCCUAUACGCUUGGGAUACCAAAAUGCCUUGGUGGGUCCUUACUGUCGCCUUUAUUAUACCAUUGGUAUGGACUAUUCCAAUGGGUAUGGUUCAUGCGAUGACCAACGUGCAGCUUGGACUUAACGUCCUCACUGAAUUUAUCGUCGGCUACAUCUACCCCGGACGACCGAUGGCCAUGAUGCUCUUCAAAACAUAUGGAUACAUGACCAUGUACCAAGCCCUCAGUUUUGCUCAGGACCUCAAGCUCGGGCACUACAUGAAGGUACCACCUUGCACCCUCUUCUGGUCACAAGUUGUGGCAACGUUGUGGUCGGGGAUUGUGCAGAUUGCGGUCAUGAACUGGGCAUUCAGCUCGAUCGAGGACAUAUGCUCCCCUGAGCAAUCCAAUAACUUUACAUGCCCUGGCGGUCGCGUCUUUUUCUCCAAUUCCGUCAUAUGGGGUUUAAUCGGUCCCGCUCGCAUCUUUUCACCAGGGCAGCUCUAUAGCAGUCUCUAUUGGUUCUUCUUGGCGGGUGCUAUCCUUCCCGUCACUCUCUACCUCCUAGUCCGCAAUUAUCCACGCUCGCAGAUUAGAUACAUUAUGGCGCCUGUGAUUUUCGCGGGCUGCGUUGGUUUUCUUUUCGCCUAUGUCAUCAAAAACCGGCACCAAGGGUGGUGGGCUCGCUAUAAUUACAUUACAUCCGCUGGCUUGGAUGUGGGACUCGCACUCUGCAGCAUCCUGAUCUUUCUUACUCUUAAUCUGACCAAGACAAGCCCUCCGAACUGGUGGGGUAACACUAUUACCAGUCAGACGCUGGACUAUAAUUCUGGCCAAAAUGUCUUGAAGAAGGUUGCAUCUGGGGAAACAUUUGGUCCGCCUGAAGGCUCUUGGAAAUGA